AUGUUAAAUAUUAUUAUUGUUUUAAUAUUAUUAUAUCAAUAUAUUUAUUGUUAUAAUAAAACAAAUAUAAAUUUAGGUUUUUUAUUUCCUAAAAAUGCAACACUUCUUCGUUCUACCUCUGGAUUUGAUAGAUCCGCUGGUGUUGUAUCAUUAGUUUUUGAUCAAAUAAAAAAAGAAAAAUUAUUACCAGAUUAUAAUUAUACAUUUAAUGUAUUUUAUGAUGAAUGCUUAGAAUAUAGAGCAAGUUCUGGAACAUAUGAAUUAAUUAAAAAAAAAAAUGUUGAUGUUAUUUUUGGUAGUACAUGUAAUAAAGCUGCAAUAAGAUCAACAUUAAUGGCAAAAUUUUAUAAUAUUCCAACAUUUAUAUGGGGUGCUGUAUCAGUAUCAGAUGUUGCUGAUCAUCAAAGAUUACCAAAUGUUUUUUCAACAUAUGCUAUAUUUAUAUCACUUGCUUUCACUACAAUUAAUAUUUUGGAAGAAUUUAAUUGGACUACUGUAUCAUUUAUAUAUAAUACUAAUAAUUAUAAUAGAUGUAAUAAUAUGUUUCUUGAUUUUGAAAGAGCUUUAAAUGUUACAAGUACCAAAGUUACAAUUAUACAAUCAUUUAAAACAUCAUAUCAACCAACAUAUAAUGAAUAUAAAGAAUUUUUAUAUAAAAUUAAAGAUAAAACAAGAAUUAUAUUAUCAUGUUUUGAUAAUGAUAUAUAUAAAAGAAAAUUUUUAAUAUCAAUGUAUGAAAAUGGUUUAAAUAAUGAUGAAUGGAUUCAUAUAAAUAUGGAAUAUAAAAAUCUUGGUUUUUUAACAAAUAUUAAAAAUUCAUUGGGAAAUUAUUAUCCAUUUUAUAAAGAUGUUUAUAAUGAUAUACCAGAUGGAAAAGAUGAUAUUGCAUUUAUAAUGGCUCAAAAAAUGUUAAGUAUAGAUUUAUUAAGAAAACAAUUAGAUAUAGUUUUUGAUGAUAAAGAAAUACUUCAAAAUGUUAAUAAAUGGCCAUUUUAUUGUAAUGAUUGUAUUAUUAAUAAUGAAACAACUAUUUCAACUUAUGCUUGGUAUUUAAAUGAUGCCAUUUACCUUUGGGCAUCAUUACUUAAUAAAACUUUACCAUUAUAUGGUGAUGAAAUAUUUAAUAAUUAUACUUUAUUACAUCAACAUUGUCCAGGAACAUAUAAUGGAAAGACUGGUGAAAUGAAGUAUGGCCCAAAUUGUAUACGAACAGCAUAUUUAGUUUUACGUGGUUUAGAAAAAAAUGAAUCAUCACCAAUUUAUAUAACAUAUAACUUUUCAAGUGUUAUUAAUUUUUCUAAAAAAAUAGUAGUAGAAGAUUUAACAACAACAUUAUUUGCAAAUUGGGGAAAUAAAAUUCCAUUAAAUAUUCCAAUUUGUGGUUAUAAAGGAAAUUCAUGUCCUAUUAAUAUUUUUAAAGAUUAUUUAAAAGAAGUAAUAAUUAUUGGUAUAUUACUUUUAAUAUUACUUAUAUUUAUUAUUAUUUGUAUUUUAUAUUUUAUAUGGAAAAUAAAUCAUAGAAAAGAGAUAGAAAUGUCACGUUGGAUGAUACCAUAUAAUAAUUUGAUGAAACCUAUUAAUGAAAAAAAAGAGCAUGAACAAAGUUUAAAUUCACUAAUAUCAAGUGGUAGUUUAUUAUCAAGUAAGAAGACAUUAAAUAGUAUGAAAGAAACCAAAAAAUUUGUUUUUAUGUAUUUAAAUGGUGAAGAAGUAGUUGGUCAGAAGCAUACAAUAAAUUUUCAAAUAUCAAAAGAAGAAAAAAUAGAAUUAAGUAAAUUAAUUACAUGGGAACAUGAUAAUAUUAAUAAAUUUUAUGGAAUGUGUUUAGAUUAUAAAUAUCCUAUAUCAUUAUGGAAAUUUUGUAAAAAAAGAAGCCUUUUUGAUGUUUUAAAAAUGGAUAAUUUUAUUUUUGAUGGAUUCUUUUUAAUAUGUUUAAUUAAAGAUCUUGUUGAAGGUAUUAAUUUUAUUCAUAAUAGUUUUUUAAAAUUUCAUGGAAGAUUAACUUCAAAAAAUUGUCUUAUAAAUGAUAGAUGGCAAUUAAAAAUUAGUGAUUUUAAUUCAUUUAACUUUCGUUGUAAAGAAAAAUUUAAAAGUAAAGAUUUAUUAUGGACAGCACCAGAAAUAUUAAGAUGUGAAAAUUUUAUUGGAACACAAGAAGGUGAUAUUUAUAGUUUUGCAAUUAUUUGUUCAGAAAUACUUACUAGAAAAUUACCAUGGGAUUAUGAAAAUAGAAAAGAAAAUCCUGAUGAAAUAAUAUAUUUUGUUAAAAAAGGUGGACAACAUAUAUUAAGACCUGAUAUUAUAAUUUCACAAAAUAUAGAAAUUAAUACAACAUAUAUUACAUUAAUUAAAGACUGUUGGUCAGAGGAGUAUAAUAAAAGACCAACAAUUAAACAAAUUAAACUUUUACUAAAAACAUUAAAUAAAAAAAGUGUAACAAAUUUAAUGGAUCAUAUUUUUAAUAUUUUAGAAGAAUAUUCAUUAACAUUACGCCAUGAAAUAUUAGAAAGAACAAAAGAAUUAGAAGAGGAACAAAAAAAAAUUGAUUUAUUACUUGCAAAAAUGUUACCAGUUGCUGUGGCAAAACAAUUAAAAAUUGGUAAAAUUGUUGAACCAGAAAAUUUUGAUAUGGUAACAAUUUUUUUUGCUGAUAUAGUUAAAUUUACUGAUCUUUCUUUAAAAUGUUCACCAAUACAAUUAAUAACAUUAGUUAAUGAUUUAUUUACUAUGUUUGAUAAUUUAAUUGAAAAUUAUGAUGUUUAUAAAGUUGAAACAAUUGGUGAUGGUUAUUUAUGUGUUUCAGGACUUCCAAUAAAAAAUAAUACACAUGCUGAAGUAAUAGCUAAUUUAUCAAUUAAUUUUAUGGAUAUAUGUAAAAAUUUUUCAAUAUUACAUUUAAGUAAAGAAAAGAUAACUUUACGUAUUGGUUGUAAUACAGGACCCUGUGUAGCAGGUGUUGUUGGUUUAUCAAUGCCAAGAUAUUGUCUUUUUGGUGAUACAGUUAAUACAGCCAGUAGAAUGGAAAGUAAUGGAAAAAGUGGAAGAAUACAUAUAACAGAAAGUACAUUUUUUUUAUUAAAUGAAACAAAUAAAUAUAAUUUAGAAUGUAGAGGUGAAAUUAUAAUUAAGGGAAAAGGUAUCAUGACAACAUAUUGGCUUAAUGGAUACAAAAAUAAUUAG